GCGUUGCGUUCCCAGUGUUGAGCCAAUACUAACCCAGCCAUGGGCUACGGAGCAAAGAACUGCAAGAAUGCUCAGUGGUCUAAAUUUAUGUUCUCAGAUGAAGUUCAGUUUUGAUUUCAUUUGGAAAUCAAGGUCUCAGAGUCCGGAAGAAGAUCGGAAAGCCACAGAAUCCAAAGUGCUUGAAGUCCAGAGUCAACACUGUCAGCCGUUGACCAGGAGAUUUUAGAGCACCUUAUGGGCACCUCUGCUGAGAACUUUUAUGGAAAUACUGGUAUCCUUUAUCAGCAGGACUUGGUACCUGCACACGGGGAACCCAAAACUACCAGAAACGGGUUUGCUGACCAUGGUGCUAUUGUUUCUGAUUAUCCCGACAACUGGUUUUACCUGAGGGACAGAUUAAUUGGAAGCUGCCAAAGUGACGUGUUUGGCCUGGGCUCCCAACAAUACCAAGCUCGCUAUUUGCACGGUUGACAAAGUGGUGCUGCUUUAUGAUGAGCAGGGGGAGAGGAGGGACAAAUUCUCCACCAAACCUCUGGACUCUAAGUAUGGGAAACACAGCUACACGGUCAAUGACAUGGAGUUCUCACCAGACUCCACAAAGAUCGCUAUCGGCCAGUCUGACAACAUCAUCUUCGUCUACAGGAUCGGAGAGGAAUGGGGUGACAAGAAAACCAUCUGCAACAAGUUUGUUCAAACUAGUGCUGUGACCUGCCUGCUUUGGCCUGCAGAUAACGUGAUUGUUUAUGGAUUAGUGGAAGGCAAGGUUCGGGUUGCCAACACUCAGACAAACAAAUCAUCAACUCAAUACAGCACCGACUCCUGUGUUGUCUCGCUGGCUUCAAAUGUUUCUGGCAGAGGCAUCCUGUCUGGCCAUGCUGACGGGACGAUUGUACGUUACUUUUUUGGUGAUGAAGGCUCAGGAGAGUCUCAGGGUAAACUGUUGACACACCCGUGCCCACCCAACGCUCUGGCCUGGGGUGCAAACAGCAUUAUGGUGGGUGGCUGUGACAAGAAGGUGGUGGCUUACGGCAAAGAGGGUCACAUCCUGCAGACCUUUGACUACAGCCGAGACCGGACAGAGAGGGAGUUCACCGUGGCCGCCACCAGCCCCAGCGGACAGUCUGUCGUGUUCGGCAGCUUUGACAGGCUGCGGGUGUUUAACUGGGCUCCCAGGAGAGGAGUGUGGGAUGAAGUGAAGCCUAAAGAAAUCCCAAACCUCUACACCAUCACCACCCUGGCCUGGAAGAAGGACGGCUCACGCCUCUGUGCUGGAACUCUGUGUGGAGGAGUGGAGCUGUUUGAUUGCUGCUUGCGGAGAAGCAUCUACAAAAACAAGUUUGAGGUCACCUACGUCGGCCUGAGCCAGGUGAUGGUAAGGAACCUCUCCACAGGAACUCGAAUCAUCCUGAAGUCGUAUUAUGGCUAUGAGAUCGAAGAAGUGAAAAUCAUGGGUAAAGAUCGCUACCUGGUGGCUCACACCUCCGACACUCUCCUGCUUGGGGAUCUACUGACAAAUAAUCUCAGUGAGGUACCUUGGCCUGGCUCCGGAGGAAACGAGAAGUUCUUCUUUGAGAAUGAAACAGUGUGUAUGAUUUUUAAUGCUGGGGAGCUCAGCCUGGUGGAGUACAGCAACAAUGAGAUCCUGGGUUCAGUCAGAACAGAGUUUAUGAACCCACAUCUGAUCAGUGUCCGGAUAAAUGAGAGGAAGCAGAGAGGAGUUGAAGACAACAAGAAGCUUGCAUAUCUGAUCGACAUAAAGACCAUCGCUGUUGUGGACUUGGCCGGCGGCUACAACCUGGCAACCAUCAGCCACGAUUCCAAGAUCGACUGGCUGGAGCUCAAUGAGACCGGACGCAAACUGCUGUUCAGGGACAAGAAGCUGCGGCUCCGUCUGUACGACAUAGAGAGCGGCGUGAAGACCACAUUGCUGAGUUUCUGCUCCUACGUGCAGUGGGUGCCCAGCAGUGACGUGGUGGUCGCUCAGAACAGGGGAAGCCUCUGCAUCUGGUACAGCAUCGAUAGCCCGGAGAGCAUCACCAUGUUCCCUAUCAAGGGAGACAUCGUGGAUUUAGAACGAGCUGACGGGAAGACCAACGUGAUCGUCACAGAGGGAGUCAACACAGUGACAUACACGCUUGACGAAGGCCUCAUAGAGUUUGGUACUGCUGUGGAUGACGGGGAUUACGACAGGGCCACAGCAUUCCUCGAGACUCUGGAGAUGUCAUCAGAGACUGAGGCCAUGUGGAAAACGCUCAGCAAGCUUGCUCUGGAGGCUCACCAGCUGCACAUCGCCGAAAGGUGUUAUGCUGCAUUGGGAGACGUCUCAACUGUACGUUUUCUAAACCAAACAAACCAGAUUGCUGAUAAAGUUUCACAGGAAAUGGGAGGAGAUGGAACGGAGUAUUUCCAGGUCCAAGCCCAUGUGGCAAUGCUGGAUAAGAACUUUAAACUCGCUGAGAUGCACUACCUGGAGCAGAACGCCAUUGAUGAAGCCAUAGAGAUGUACAAGGAGCUCUACAUGUGGGAUGACAGCAUUGCAGUGGCUGAGGCUAAGGGCCAUGCAGAGUUGGACAGCCUGCGUGGGAACCGUUAUCAGUGGUUAAUGGAGACAGGCCAGGAUGAGAAAGCAGGCGAGGUGAAGGAAAGCGAGGGAGACUUUCAGGGAGCCAUCAACCUCUACCUGAAGGCCGGACUGCCUGCUAAAGCUGCCCGCCUAGCCAUCAGCCAGCCGGAGAUCGCCAACAACAGCGACACCGUCAGCCGCAUCGCUGCCAGCCUCAUCAAGGGAGAGUUUUAUGAGAGGGCUGGUGAUCUGUAUGAGAAAAUCAGGAACAACAAAAGAGCUCUGGAGUGCUACGUCAAAGGGGGAGCCUUCAGGAAAGCGGUGGAGCUGGCUCGCCUCGCUUCCCCUGCUGAGGUGGUGAAACUGGAGGAGGACUGGGGAGACUACCUCGUCCAGCAGAAACAGAUGGACGCUGCCAUCAACCACUUCAUUGAAGCAGGCUGUUCACUCAAAGCCAUCGAAGCAGCCAUUGCAGCCCGACAGUGGAAGAAAGCUGUCCAUAUCCUGGAGUUACAGGAGGAUCCAUCAGCAGAAAAAUACUACUUGAAGAUAGCUCAGCACUAUGCUUCAAUGCAGGACUACGAGGUGGCAGAGCAGCUGUUUGUGAAGGGCGGUCACAUGAAAGAUGCUAUAGACAUGUACACUGCAGCAGGACGCUGGGAGGAGGCUCAUAAGCUGGCAGUGAAGUGUAUGACGGAGGAGGAAGUCAUGGCCCUGUACAUCAGCAGAGGUCAGGAACUGGAGAGAGACAGCAAAUUCAAGGAGGCUGAGAGGCUAUUCACCACCGUGAGGCAGCCCGACCUCGCCAUAACCAUGUAUAAAAAGAACCGGAUGUUUGAUGAUGUAAUUCGGCUGGUGGCAAAACAUCACCCCGACCUGCUGACGGAGACCCACCUGCACCUGGCCAAGGAGCUGGAGGCUGAGUCCAGGUUCUCAGAGGCCGAGUACCACUUCAUGGAGGCUGAAGAGUGGAAAGCUGCCGUCCAAAUGUACAGAGUCAACGACAUGUGGGAGGAAGCAUACCGGGUGGCAAAGACCCACGGCACUGACGGUUUUCAGAAGAUGGUGGCGUACCUGUGGGCCCGCAGUCUGGGAGGAGAGGCGGCCGUCAAGCUGCUUAACAAGUUUGGUCUGGUGGAAUCCGCCAUCGACACGGCGUGCAAUAAACUUGCUUUUGAUUUUGCCUUCGAUGUGGCUCGUGCUUCCUGUAAAGAAAAGAUUCCUGAGAUUCACCUGAAACAUGCUCUCUACCUGGAGGACGAGGGUAAGUUUCCUGAGGCUGAGGUCGAGUUCAUUAAAGCAGGAAAACCCAAAGAAGCUGUUUUCAUGUACGUCCACAACAAGGACUGGGCCAGCGCGCAGCGGGUGGCCGAGGGACACGAUCCAGAGAGCAUGCCUGAGGUUCUGGUUGGCCAAGCCAAGUCCUGUUUUGAUCAGAAAGAUUUCCAGAAGGCUGAGGCCUUCCUGCUCCGAGCCCAGAGACCUGAAAUCGCUGUUAAAUAUUACAAGGAUGCAGAAAUGUGGACUGAUGCCAUGCGGAUCUGUAAGGAGUACCUCCCCAACAAGCUUUCCAUGUUACAAGAAGAGUACGAGAGGGAGACCUCCAAGAAGGGAGUCAGAGGUAUAGAGGGUCUGCUGGAACAGGCCAAGGAGUGGGAGCAGACGGGUGAAUACUCCAGAGCUGUGGAGUGUUACCUGAAGGUGAAGGAUGACUCUAACACCAUCCUGAUGGAGAAGUGCUGGAUGAAGGCUGCAGACUUGUCCAUCAAGUUCCUCAGUAAAGAUCGGUCGAUGGAGGUUGUCAAGAUGGUCGGACCACAACUCACACAAAUCAGGAAGUUCAAUGCUGCUGCUGAGCUCUACAUAAACCUGGACCUCAUAAAGGAGGCGAUUGACGUCUUUAUUACCGCAGAGGAGUGGAACAAAGCCAAGAGAGUCGCCAAGGAGCUGGAGCCAAGGUACGAGGACUACGUGGACCAGAAAUACAAAGAACACCUCAAGAACCAAGGAAAAGUCGACUCUCUGGUGGGAGUGGAUGUGGUAGCAGCUCUGGACAUGUACGCAGAGAGAGGACAGUGGGAGAAAUGUCUGGAAACAGCCUCCAAACAGAACUUUAAGAUCCUCCAUAAAUAUGUGGCGCUGUACGCCACACAACUCAUCAAAGAAGAAGACCCUGUGAAAGCUCUGCAGCUCUACAUUCAACACGGAGCGCCACCAAACCCCCAGAACUUUAAUAUCUAUAAGCGUCUGUUCCUGGACAUCAUUAAUCUUCCCGACACAGAUAGACCAGAGUCUUACCGCACGUGGGCCGACCUCCGUGACUUCCUGCUGCAGCUGUGUGAGAACAUGUCCAGGUCGGCUGAGGCUAACUCUACUGUACAUGAAGACUUUGAACAGUUGCUGUUGAUCGCUCAUUACUACGCCACACGGUCGGCCGCCAAAGGAGCAGAGCAGCUGAUCAGUGUAGCAGCCAAGCUGUCGGUGUCUCUGCUGCGUCAUACUGAGAUCAUUCCUGCAGACAAAGCUUUCUACGAGGCCGGCCUGGCCUGCAGGGCUGUCGGCUGGGAGAACAUGGCCUUCAUCUUCCUCAAUCACUUCCUGGAUCUGUGUGAUGCGGCUGAUGAGGGGACGCUGGACGCUCUGGAUCAUUCAGACUUCAUCGACACUGACAUUCCCUUCGAGGUUCCAAUUCCCACCAAACUAUGUGUCAACGACGCUCAGCGAGAGGAGAUCCGGGACUGGGUGCUGAUGGUGUCCAUGGACAGUCGGUUGGCGCAGGUUCUUCCUCGAGACGAGAGAAACUCAUACGAAGCCUCGCUGGUGGCUGCAAGCACCGGCCUUCAAUCUCUACCCUGCGUGCUCACUGGUUACCCCGUGCUGAGGAACAAGGUCGAGUUCUCGCCUGUGGGGAAAGCAGCCAACAAAGAGGAUUGGAACAAAUUCCUCAUGGCCACAAAGACUACUCACAGUCCAGAAUGUCAGGACGUCCUGAAGUUCAUCGACCAGUGGUGUGGGGGUCUGGGGGCGUCUGGAUUCUCCUUCCACUGAUAAACAAAUUUUUAAAAAAAACACAUGUAGAGAUUCUUUUACUCUUUUAUUACUUUAACACUUGCCUCAUCCAUCUGCAUUUGCUGUUUUCUCUUUUUUAUCUGCUACUGUGUCAUUUCUGUCAUGUGUUCAAAUAAUUCUAGACAUUAUUCAGACAUUUUAAAGGUACCAUUAUCUUGUUUUUCCACUGUGUGUUUAUUUAUUUAGUCAUCUCCUCUUUGAUUGUUUUAAAAUGUCAUCUCAUAUUGGUCUUAUUGUUAAGUCUCAAGUCUUUUCUGUACUUCCUGGUAUGUAACCCUUUGUAAAAUCCCAAUAUUCUUCAUUUCACAUGGUCACACUUGAAUGAAAGCACACAUCAGAAUCAGCCUUACUACAAGCCACAUAUUUAAAUGCGCGGAUAAUGAAUGUUACCUUUUCUGAAGACACUAAACCCACAUAAACACGUCUGGACAUGACUUUCAUUGCAGAAUGGCAUGCUUUAAACAUUUGAAAAGUUUGGAUUUUUAGAGUUGUCCCUGCUUCUGUUCAUGUUAGAGUGCUGAGAAAGACCACCUGAGAGGUCAAAAGAGCUUUAUAAUUUACACAUUAUAAAUGUACUGUUUCCUCAGUGUAACAGAAGCUGGUGUAUCUGGCAAAGCCAGAAUGUAUUUUGUCUAGUAAACUUAAAAAUAAAGAA